AUGACAGACAUGAAGAGACUCCUCAGUAACUCAGCAGGAGAUAUGAGGGAAGCUUGGAUUGGUCUGUAUGAUCCACCAGGUGUCAACAGAACAUGGUACUGGUCUCUGCCUGGAGAGGAGUUCAGUGAGAAAACCAACACAACACAUAAAUACCACUUGAUUAAAGAGAAGAAGACCUGGCAGAAAGCUCAGAGUUACUGCAGAGAGAAUCACACAGACCUGGUCAGUGGACAGAAGCAGCUACAGGAUGGAGAGCUGGAGAAGGUGAUGAAGUCAGUGGACCUAAAAACAGAAAUAUACUUUGGUCUGUUCAGAGACUCCUGGAGGUGGUCAGAUGGAAGCAGUUUCUCUUUCAGACACUGGAACAAUGAGUUGAACAAUACUCAAUACAACAGUGGUCGAUGUGCUGUGACUGGGUUUGAUGGUGAAGGCAGAUGGAAGAAUGACAGCUGUGAUGUUAAAAAACCCUUCAUCUGUUAUGAUGAUAAAGUGAUCCUGAUCAAAGAAAAUAAAACCUGGAAGGAUGCGUUAUCCUACUGCAGAGAUCACCACCAUGACCUGGUCACCAUCACCAACCUGGAUGAGCAGAGAUGGGUCCAGGAGAAAGCCAAGAAGGCCUCCACUGCUUACGUCUGGAUGGGACUGCGCUUUAACUGCUCUCUGAAAUUCUGGUUCUGGGUCUGUAAGGAGCAUUCGGUCAGCAAUACCAGCCAGGCCUCAGAACAGAUGACUGACUGUGACACGUCUGGAGCCAUGGAUGCAGGAGGACAGCAUAGGUGGUUCCAAAGAAAUGACAAAGAGGAGCUGAAUUUCAUUUGUUUCAAGGUUUAAAGCUCAUCUAUUCUCUGGUAACAUGGUUUUAAUUUUAUCUACAGGGAAAUCUGGGAUCUUUGUUUUUUUUAUUUUUUUUGGGUUAGGAGUUUCAAAAAUGAAAUAAAACGAUUUUUGCUUCAAAGUGGAAACUAUACUG